GGCGUACGCUGCGCGUUAAUACGAGACGCCAGCAGAGGGCAGUGGUCAGUGUUCCGAUGUUCAGCUCGCUAUUUCGACAAAGAGCCAGCCUCCAGUCUCUCUCUCUCUCUCGCUCGCUUCCUCAAACAGCUGCACAGCAUCAAUGUGAAUGAGCGCAUCUCGUACAUCCUCAGCCUCGCAGCUGAUCCAGCCCUGGGAGACGUGGCUGUAAAUCAAAUAUCCAUGGACCUGUCCUGCCGCUCCAGUUCGGAAUUAACAAUGUUGUAAAAAAGAAAAAAAAAAAGUUUCUCGUGGACACGGAACGUGUUCAGUUUUCUUUCAGCAAAGAAGUUGCGCUCGGCCGCAUUUCUCUUUAUCGGCUUCCUCCGUUCUUAUUCGAGUUUGAUCUAAAUUCAAAGCUCCAUGGAUGCUGGCUCCGACGGGAUGCUUCUGAAAUGCCAUGCCAGGAAUCUGCAGCUCCAAGUGGUGCUCAAUCCGAGCAAGAUCAAAGCACAAAGGAGAAGGAGAAAGCAGUUCUUUCUGUGGCAAAUCUGUUUCGUGGGAUUAUUGCUCUUGGUAGUAUCCUGCUUGUCACGUUCGACUCCGAAUUCAGGUUAUGACAUUCUGUACGACACUACUGAAGACGGUGAUCGGUGGAGUGGGCGGAGACUCAUGCAUGAAGUUGACGUCAAUGACACGGACAGAGAAAGGAAGAGAAACUGCACGGCGCCAGCUCUUCAUGAAUUUCCCACAGAUGUGUUCUCACAAAACGACAGGCGCGGAGGAGCAGUGGCACUGCACGUCUUUUGUGCUAUGUAUAUGUUCUAUGCUCUAGCCAUUGUUUGUGAUGACUACUUUGUGCCCUCACUAGAGAAGAUUUGUGAACGGUUGCAUCUCAGUCAAGAUGUAGCUGGAGCUACUUUCAUGGCAGCAGGAAGUUCAGCUCCGGAGCUGUUUACCUCAGUUAUCGGAGUGUUUAUCACCAAGGGAGAUGUAGGCGUUGGCACCAUUGUCGGGUCUGCAGUGUUCAAUGUUCUCUGUAUAAUUGGAGUCUGUGGGCUGUUUGCAGGGCAGGCUGUACCACUGUCAUGCUGGACCUUGAUGCGAGAUUCAGUUUACUACACCCUGUCUGUGGUGGCUCUCAUUGUGUUUAUUCAUGAUGAAACAAUUUCAUGGUGGGAGUCUCUGAUCUUAAUAGUGAUGUACAUGGUGUAUAUCCUAAUCAUGAAGUUUAACUCCAGGGCACAACGCUACUUUGACCGCAGGAAGAAAAGCACUGUCAAUAUGGCCAACGGGUCAGCAAACAAUGCGGAGAUUGAUGAUAGCAGCAACUGUGAAGCUACUAUGGUCUUACUGAAGAAAGCUAAUUUCCAUCGCAAGCCAUCAGUCCUGAUGGUUGAUGAACUGCUUUCAGCCUAUCCUCACCAGCUCACCUUCUCCGAGGCUGGCCUGCGGAUCAUGAUUACCAGCCACUUUCCUCCACGGACCCGGUUGACCAUGGCAAGCCGCAUGCUUAUCACUGAGAGACAAAGACUGAUACACAACAGAUCUUUUAUUAAUGGAGAUUCUGAAGUGGCCGUCAGAAUACCAAGCAAGCACGGUCUUGAAAAUGGACUUGGCAUGGCUGGUUCCUCAGAGCGCGGAAUGAACAGCAGACAUGGUGACAAUGUAGGUAUUGAGACAGGGAAUGAGACAGAGAAUGAAAAUGAAGACAAUGAGAACAAUGAAAAUGAUGAAGAGGAAGAAGAAGAGGAUGAUAAUGAAGGACCUUUGCUUCCUUUUGAAAUUCCCGCGGGUAAAUGUAACAAGCUAAAAUGGAUUGUCGCCUGGCCCCUGUCUCUUCUGCUGUUUCUCACCGUGCCAAAUUGUGCGUCACCAAGAUGGGAAAAGUGGUUCAUGGUCACGUUUGCUUCGUCUACAAUGUGGAUCGCAUGCUUCUCCUACGUCAUGGUUUGGAUGGUGACUAUUAUUGGCUUCACACUGGGAAUUCCAGACGUCAUAAUGGGAAUCACAUUUCUUGCAGCAGGGACUAGCGUUCCAGACUGCAUGGCGAGCCUCAUUGUGGCACGGCAGGGUUUUGGCGAUAUGGCGGUCUCCAACUCCAUCGGUAGCAACGUAUUUGAUAUUUUAGUGGGGCUGGGACUACCUUGGGCUUUACAAACUCUGGCAAUUGAUUAUGGAUCUUAUAUUCAUCUAAGCAGCAGAGGCCUUGUGUUUUCUGUUGGGCUGCUGUUAGCAUCAGUUUUUCUUACAGUGCUGGGGGUCCACCUCAACAAAUGGAAGCUAGACAGGAAGCUGGGGCUGAUGUGCCUUUCCCUGUAUGCCGUCUUCUUGUGUUUCUCCAUCUUGAUUGAGUUCAACGUCUUCACUUUUGUGAACUUGCCGAUGUGCCAGGAGCGCUGAUCACCCAGCAGGCAUGGAUUUAUUUUUUUUUUCUCCCCUUUGGACCGAACAAAGCAAACAACUCUUUGAUUCCUACAGUGCAAUAUGAAGAAAACGUGUGUUUGUAACAAGUACAUGCUGCGAUGAGUACUGUAUGUGGUUAUUUAUAUAGAGAUGAACACGCGCACAUGUGCCGCACACACCAGAGAUGCCAGAAGGCGUACCCUUUCGACUGUUUGAAAAUGCAC